AUGCCCAGGUUGCAUACUGACUUCAGCCUGUGUGUUCUGGCUCAGGAUGUGGUGACCUUCCCCCAAGUGGCUGUGGACUUCUCUCCGGAGGAGUGGCUGUGCCUGGAUGCCUCACAGAGGAAGCUCUACAGAGAUGUGAUGUUGGACACCUACCAGCACCUGCUGGCCGUAGAAUGCAGACCAGAAGAAGUUCAGGAUUUGACAUUUCAGCAAUUAGCUUUUGGAAUAGGAUCUCCAAAUAAGAGUGAGAUGGGAAGCAGCCAUUCCCGGUGGGAUGGGAGUGAUUCUUUGCUAUCGGACAUAGUCAGGAGGAAGCCCUCACGACGACAAGCUCCUAAGCACAUUCCCUAUGGAGUGCAGCCACUCAAAUGUAAGCAGUGUGGGUGGGCCUUGCCGUGUGCUCAGCACUGCGACAUGCCUUCGGAAACCCCGAGUGCACAGAAUUCCUCUGACCGUCAGCUGGGUGGACACACUCCUAGUAAACUGUCACACCCAAGUGAACCUAAGAAAGUCCGGACAUUAAAGAAAGGUUAUACUUGUCAGGAGUGUGGGAAGGCCUUCUCUCAAGCCGUACACCUUACUAGGCACAUGAAUACUCAUACUGGAGUGAAGCCUUAUACAUGUGAAGAGUGUGGGAAGGCUUUCACUCGAUCUUCAGGCCUUAGUUACCACUUAAAUAUUCAUACUGGAGAGAAGCCCUAUGUAUGUACUGAAUGUGGGAAGGCCUUCAAUUAUUCAUCCAGCCUUUAUAUGCACUGGAAUGUUCAUAGAGGAGAGAAACCUUAUGCAUGCAAGCCAUGUGGGAAGGCCUUCACAUAUGCCUCAGAACUUAAAAAACAUACUAGAACUCAUGGAGGAGAGAAGCCUUAUGCAUGUAAGAAGUGUGGAAAAGCCUACACGGUUGCCUCAAGCCUUGCUAGACACCAGAAAACACAUACUGGAGAGAGACCUUAUACAUGUAAGGAAUGUGGGAAGUCCUUCACUCGAGCCUCAAUCCUUUCUGUGCAUGAGAAAAUUCAUACAAGAGAGAAGUCUUAUUCAUGUCAGUAG